CCUAAAACACUUCAGGCAAUCACUAGAAGCUAGAAAAGAAACACAGAAUAUUCCUUUUCUGAUCGUUGUCUUUAAUUCUCCAAACUUCGCUCGAAAUCUCAAACGGCACAGCACACCAAAUCAGACACUCUUCUCGAGAGGACACAAGUCGAAUCAAUCACACAAAGAAAAAGCACAGCACUUAAUUUUUUAAUUUUCCAAUAUGAUGAACUUUUUCGGGAAAAAGAAAAAAGAGGUGAACACAACCGUUUCGUCGACAUCGACGUCAAAACCAUCGGAUGCGCAAACGACGAUCGUAAAACUACGAGAAUCGAUCGCCAACCAAGACAAGAGGUGAGUUGCGAAUACAUUUUCUUUGGAAUGUCGGUCAGCCAGUCAAGCAGCUAUCUUUACUAUCGUUUUUGUCAAUAGAUAGCUGCUGUACCUUUUCUAAUACAUAUAAUUUGCCGGUCACCCACGCGUGGAUAUCAAUACAUAAUCAUACUCACGAAUUAUUACCUGUUUGCGUUCUUCGCUUGGAUUCAAUUUUACUCGCUACCUCGCCACUGCAUCGUCGGAAUUAUUCUAGAGAGGAUCAUAUUCAAAAGAAGAUCGAUAUGAUGGUGAAAGAAGCAAAGGCUAAAAUGGCCAAGGGUGACAAGAAAGGUGAGUGGAUAAAGGGAGUGGAGUCCUUUCACAAACAAGCUAAGAAUUUAUGUAUUCCUUCGGGGAAAGAUGUUGACCAAAUAUGUAGAUUACGACGCUUCAAUGUCUGAUUUUAUGUACUCUGUUCUCUUACCUCUUUCGAUCCACUGUUUGAACAAUAAUUGAUCGAUUCGUACAUAUUUACGUUAAUUUGUGAUUGGCGCACACAACAAUUCAUGCCCAACAAUUAUACGUGUCGAAUACGACAACAUACGUGAAAAUACCCGCAAUAUCUCUGUUCAAAUGACGCUCUGACAAAUCCAAUACUUUCAACAUCAAUUCGAAUUCAAAGGUGCCGUUUAUGCUAUGAAACGAAAAAAGCUCUAUGAGCAAGAACAGGCGAAGAUUCAAAAUGUACGCUUCACACUUGAAACGCAGGUUAUUAAUCUGGAAUCGGCGCAACAGAAUGCUCAGACAUACCAGGCCCUCAAGCAAGGAAAUACAGCAAUGAAGGGAAUCCGAGAAAACGUUGGCAUCGACCAAGUCGACGAUGUUAUGGACGAAAUCAAGGAAGAAAUGGAAAUGGCACAAGAGAUCAACGAUGCCAUUGCUCAGCCUGUCGACCCGCUAAUGACCGACGAAGACGAACUUUUGGAAGAACUCAAUAUGCUCGAGACGGCAGAUUUGGAAGCCGAGCUACUCAAACCCCCACCGACGGCCGUGCAGGCAAUGCCAGCCGCUCCGAACUCGAAACUUCCAGCGUUGGAGAAAAAAGAGGAGGACGAUCUGAGGGCACUGGAAGCGGAAUUGGCUGGAUUGUAGAAUUGAUUCAAAUAAGUGGUUCAAAUUGUCGCAGCAAUACCUUUCGCACGAAACGAUCGAUACUGUGAUGUUUCAAUGUCGCGAAAAAAUAAUAACAAGGACAUAAU